GCACGCUCUGCCUCCUGCCCGCAGGGCUUCUGCGCCUUUUAGCUUCUGGGAGCCCACUUUGAUUGGGACCACCAUUCCAACUGAGACCCGUAUUCUGCUUCGUCCCCUCCCGUGUGCAAUCAGAUUUGAAGAAGGAGUGCGGAGGAUUAGAGUACUCGCUCACCCCUCCACGCUACCGACCCCUGCAUCUGCUUGGCCUUUGGGAGCCCUGGCUCAUUUUUACCGCCAAAGACAUCAUUAGCAGACAGACGACGAGAGAUCCCUUCCUACUGCUCUCGGGGUCUCCUUGCACCCUUGGACCGGAAGAUUGAUCAGGACCUAAAGUUGACCAAGGAGCGCCUACUCAGCUGGAGGAGGAGAUUGGAGAGGAAGGAGGAAAGCGUUUGCCUGCGCGUGUUCGGCUGCCGUAAAUAUUAGUGUCAUUUCUUCAUUAUUUUUGCACAUUUCCACCGGGUAUUCUGGACUGCUAACCCGAAGCCGGGCCACUGGGCCUUGAGCACUGCGCGCUUCCUACGAGCAGAGCAGCGACCUCAAGAAAAACCGCGGGCACCCGCUAUCUCUAAGGCGGCGGGGGAAGAUGCGCGGCGUUGGCUGGCAAACGCUGUCCCUGUCGCUGGGGGUACUGCUGGUGGUCCUGAAUGAGGUGGCGCCGCAGGCGUGUCCGGCGCAGUGCUCUUGCUCGGGCAGCACCGUGGACUGUCACGGACUAGCGCUGCGCAGUGUGCCCAGGAAUAUCCCUCGCAACACCGAGAGGCUGGAUUUGAAUGGAAAUAAUAUCACAAGGAUUACUAAGACAGACUUUGCUGGUCUUAGACAUCUAAGAGUUCUGCAGCUCAUGGAGAAUAAGAUUAGCACCAUAGAAAGAGGAGCAUUCCAGGAUCUUAAAGAACUGGAGAGACUGCGUUUAAACAGAAAUCACCUUCAGCUGUUUCCUGAGUUGCUGUUUCUUGGGACUUCUAAGCUGUACAGGCUUGAUCUCAGUGAAAACCAAAUUCAAGCAGUUCCAAGAAAGGCUUUCCGGGGGGCAGUUGAUAUUAAAAACCUGCAACUGGAUUACAACCAGAUCAGCUGUAUUGAAGAUGGGGCUUUCAGGGCUCUCCGGGACUUGGAAGUACUCACUCUCAACAAUAAUAACAUUACUAGGCUCUCUGUGGCAAGUUUCAACCAUAUGCCUAAACUUCGGACUUUUCGUCUCCAUUCCAACAACUUGUAUUGUGACUGCCAUAUGGCCUGGCUCUCUGACUGGCUGCGACAGAGACCUCGUGUUGGCCUCUACACCCAGUGUAUGGGCCCAUCCCACCUGAGGGGCCAUAAUGUAGCUGAGGUUCAGAAACGCGAGUUUGUCUGCAGUGGGCACCAGUCCUUCAUGGCUCCGUCUUGCAGCGUUCUGCACUGCCCAGCUGCUUGCACCUGCAGCAACAAUAUUGUAGACUGUCGUGGGAAAGGUCUCAUCGAGAUCCCCACGAAUCUGCCAGAGACCAUCACAGAAAUACGACUGGAGCAGAACUCAAUCAAGGUCAUCCCUCCUGGAGCGUUCUCACCAUAUAAAAAACUCAGAAGAAUCGAUCUGAGCAAUAAUCAGAUCUCAGAACUGGCACCAGAUGCUUUUGGAGGACUACGCUCACUGAAUUCACUCGUCCUCUACGGAAAUAAAAUCACAGAACUUCCAAAAAGCUUAUUUGAAGGACUAUUUUCCUUGCAGCUCCUAUUAUUGAAUGCCAACAAGAUAAACUGCCUUCGGGUAGAUGCUUUUCAGGAUCUACACAACUUGAACCUCCUCUCCUUAUAUGACAACAAGCUUCAGACCAUAGCCAAAGGAACCUUCUCACCUCUCCGGGCCAUUCAGACUAUGCAUCUGGCUCAGAAUCCAUUUAUUUGUGACUGUCACCUGAAGUGGCUGGCUGAUUAUCUCCACACCAACCCAAUAGAGACCAGUGGUGCCCGCUGCACCAGCCCCCGCCGUUUGGCCAACAAGAGAAUCGGCCAGAUCAAAAGCAAGAAAUUUCGUUGUUCAGGUACAGAAGAUUAUCGAUCAAAAUUAAGUGGAGACUGCUUUGCGGAUUUGGCUUGUCCUGAAAAAUGCCGUUGUGAAGGGAACACAGUUGAUUGCUCCAAUCAGAAACUUAACAAAAUCCCAGAACACAUCCCUCAGUACACAGCAGAGCUGCGUCUGAAUAACAAUGAAUUCACAGUGUUGGAAGCCACAGGAAUCUUUAAGAAACUUCCUCAAUUACGUAAAAUAAACUUUAGUAAUAACAAGAUCACAGACAUUGAAGAAGGAGUGUUUGAAGGAGCAUCAGGGGUAAAUGAAAUACUUCUCACAAGUAAUCGUUUGGAAAAUGUUCAACAUAAGAUGUUCAAGGGAUUGGAAAGCCUCAAGACACUGAUGCUGAGAAGUAACCGCAUUAGCUGCAUAGGAAACGACAGCUUCAUAGGACUCAGUUCUGUGCGUCUGCUUUCUCUGUAUGAUAAUCAGAUUACUACGAUUGCCCCAGGGGCAUUUGAUACUCUCCAUUCUUUAUCUACUCUAAACCUGCUGGCCAAUCCUUUUAACUGUAACUGCUACCUGGCAUGGUUGGGAGAGUGGCUUAGGAAGAAAAGAAUUGUGACAGGAAAUCCUCGAUGUCAGAAACCUUACUUCCUUAAAGAAAUCCCCAUCCAGGAUGUAGCCAUUCAAGACUUCACUUGUGAUGAUGGCAAUGACGACAACAGUUGUUCUCCACUCUCUCGCUGCCCUUCGGAGUGUACUUGCUUGGAUACAGUAGUCCGAUGUAGCAACAAGGGCUUAAAGGUCCUGCCGAAAGGUAUCCCGAGAGAUGUCACCGAGCUGUAUCUGGAUGGGAACCAAUUCACAUUGGUCCCCAAGGAACUUUCUAACUACAAGCAUUUAACACUGAUAGACUUAAGUAACAACCGAAUAAGCACCCUGUCAAAUCAGAGCUUCAGCAAUAUGACUCAGCUCCUUACCUUAAUUCUCAGCUACAACCGUCUCAGAUGUAUCCCUUCCCGAACUUUCGAUGGGUUGAAGGCUCUUCGAUUACUUUCUUUACAUGGAAAUGAUAUUUCUGCCGUGCCUGAAGGCGCUUUUCAUGACCUUUCUUCACUUUCUCACCUAGCAAUUGGAGCCAACCCUCUUUACUGUGAUUGUAACAUGCAGUGGUUAUCGGACUGGGUAAAAUCGGAAUAUAAGGAACCAGGGAUUGCGCGCUGUGCUGGCCCAGGAGAAAUGGCGGAUAAAUUACUGCUUACUACUCCAUCCAAAAAGUUUACGUGCCAAGGUCCUGUGGAUGUUAAUAUACUUGCAAAAUGCAAUCCCUGUUUAUCAAAUCCAUGUAAAAAUGAUGGGACUUGCAACAGCGACCCAGUUGAUUUCUAUCGAUGCACCUGCCCCUACGGUUUCAAGGGGCAGGAUUGUGAUGUUCCAAUCCAUGGGUGCAUCAGUAACCCUUGUAAACAUGGGGGGACUUGUCACUUAAAAGAAGGAGAAAAAGAUGGAUUCUGGUGUAUUUGUGCUGAUGGAUUUGAAGGAGAAAAUUGUGAGGUCAAUAUUGAUGACUGUGAAGAUAAUGACUGUGAAAAUAAUUCUACAUGUGUCGAUGGAAUUAACAACUACACGUGCAUGUGCCCACCUGAGUACACAGGCGAGCUGUGUGAGGAGAAGCUGGACUUCUGUGCCCAGGACCUGAACCCUUGCCAACAUGACUCCAAAUGUAUCCUGACGCCAAAAGGAUUCAAAUGUGACUGUACCCCAGGAUACAUUGGCGAACACUGUGACAUCGACUUUGACGAUUGUCAAGGUAACAAGUGUAAAAAUGGAGCUCACUGCACCGAUGCGGUGAAUGGAUAUACCUGCAUCUGCCCUGAAGGUUACAGUGGCUUGUUCUGUGAGUUUUCUCCACCCAUGGUCCUCCCUCGUACCAGCCCAUGUGAUAAUUUUGAUUGUCAGAAUGGAGCUCAGUGCAUCAUCAGGAUAAAUGAGCCAAUAUGCCAGUGUCUGCCUGGCUACCAGGGAGAGAAGUGUGAAAAAUUGGUCAGUGUGAAUUUUGUAAACAAAGAAUCGUAUCUUCAGAUCCCUUCAGCCAAAGUUCGGCCUCAAACAAACAUCACUCUUCAGAUUGCCACAGAUGAAGACAGUGGAAUUCUCCUUUAUAAAGGUGACAAGGACCACAUAGCAGUAGAAAUCUACCGGGGACGUGUUCGUGCCAGCUAUGACACCGGCUCUCACCCAGCUUCUGCAAUUUACAGUGUGGAGACGAUCAAUGAUGGAAACUUCCAUAUUGUGGAACUGCUUGCCCUGGAUCAGAGUCUCUCCCUCUCCGUGGAUGGAGGGAGCCCCAAGAUCAUCACCAACCUGUCAAAACAGUCCACUCUGAAUCUUGACUCCCCACUCUACGUAGGAGGCAUGCCCGGGAAGAACAAUGUGGCAGCUGCUUUGCGCCAGGCUCCUGGGCAGAACGGCACCAGCUUUCAUGGGUGCAUUCGAAACCUGUACAUCAACAGCGAACUUCAGGACUUCCGGAAAGUGCCCAUGCAGACAGGCAUUGUGCCUGGCUGCGAGCCAUGCCACAAGAAGGUGUGUGCCCAUGGGACCUGUCAGUCCAGCAGCCAAUCGGGCUUCACCUGCGAGUGUGAGGAAGGCUGGAAAGGGCCCCUGUGCGACCAGAGGACCAAUGACCCCUGUCUGGGAAAUAAGUGUGUUCACGGUACCUGCCUGCCCAUCAAUGCAUUCUCCUACAGCUGUAAGUGCCUUGAGGGCCACGGGGGUGUCCUCUGUGAUGAAGAGGAAGACCUGUUUAACCCCUGCCAGGCCAUCAGCUGUAAGCACGGAAAGUGCCGGCUCUCGGGACGUGGGCAGCCUUAUUGCGAAUGUAGCAGCGGAUACACUGGGGAGAGCUGUGAUCAGGAAAUCUCCUGUCGAGGGGAACGGGUACGAGAUUAUUAUCCAAAACAGCAGGGCUAUGCCGCUUGUCAGACCACCAAGAAGGUAUCCCGAUUGGAAUGCAAGGGUGGGUGUACAGGCGGGCAGUGCUGUGGACCUCUAAGGAGCAAGAGACGGAAAUACGCUUUUGAAUGCACUGAUGGGUCUUCCUUUGUGGACGAGGUUGAGAAGGUGAUCAAGUGCGGUUGUACCCGGUGUGCCUCCUAGAUGCACCUCCCGGGCAGCGCGGGUCCUCAGAAAACGUAUACUUUAUUGACCAUGUUGGACUAAUGAAUGCUUCAUAGUGGAAAUAUUUGAAAUAUAUUGUAAAAUACAGAACAGACUUAUUUUUAUUAUGAGAAUAAAGACUUUUUUUUUUUUUUCCUUCUGCAUUUGAGACAAAUACAAAUUAGAAAUGCUUGAACUCAAACUUCCCCGACACAGGAGAAGUGUGAAGAAACUUAUACCCGGAGGCAUUAUUACCACAAUGGGAACCAUUGGAACUCACAUACAUCUUUGUAACAUGCUGAAAGCAAACCACAAGCACAGAGCCAAGGACGGCCUGACCUGCUCAGCUUGGAUGGGAAACUAUCCAGGUUAUAAAUCCGCUCAUCCUCAUUCACAUCAACACAGUUCGAGAGGACAUACCAAACACAUGUCUGAGUGAGGGUCUAAGACUGGGGAAUGGAACACUCCAGAAGUCACAGCUACAACAAAUGGAUGAGAAUAGACCAGGCCCUGAAGAUCAUGGUCCCAUGCUAUCACAGAAAAUGCGGGCGCUAAAAAUCCAUUCUACCGUCUUUGAAACGUCAGCAUGUUAGCCGAAGCACACAAAAAAAGUGUUCAUGUACCAUUUUCCAGUAUUAAUUUUUUUGUAAUAUAAAUGAUAAAGGAGAUGAUGAUAAAGAACCAAUAGAUUAUUGAGAAAUAAAUUAGAAAUAAUAUGAAUUUUUGUUUCUAUGGAUUCUAAACAGCCCUAUACAGUAUUCAGUUUCCAGGAGAAAUAUUUAUUGUAUCAAAGUCCAUUGUACUUAACAUUUUAGGCCAUCCUUUUCUGUUUCUUGAGGCUUUAAUAUAUAUUAAUUUAUAAUUGUCCUGAUAUUUUUGUACAUUUUUUCAAAACUUUAAAAAAAAUCAGGAUUUUGUUGGGGUUUUUUUUGUUUUUGUUUUUCUUUUGGUGAUAGUACUAACAUAAGAUGUUAUCUUGGAACAAAUAUGUGUUGGUCUAUAUGUUUACCUUGCUGUUGACUGCCGGUGUCACUGACCUACUGCCCACAACCAGAACACCUACAAAAAGCAUACAACUGCAAGAGAGAAAAAUGCUGAUUUCUGGGUGAAAUGGCCCUUAUACAGAAAGAAGUGACCAACAUACACUCACAGAAAAGAAAUCCUGUGUAGCAAUCCACACUAGAAAGUAGACCUUUGACAAAUUCAUAUUUCCUUGAAAUUUUUGCCCUUUAUUUUUUGAGAGGGAGUGCGGGAAGGUUGGAAGAGAAAAACUGUAAUGUUCAAGAACUGUGAUUUUUUUUUUUUUUCCAAACAAUAAAACUCCUUUAUUGUCUUUAUGUUCCCUUGUUAACAUGUUUGCUGCUAAAUUCUAAUGUAGAAUUGAUAAUGAUUUAUAGUAGACUUUGCUCUUCCCUCAUUAAAAUCCCAGGGUACCCUAUAAAGAUUCAGAUCUUUCUUUCAAACAAUUUUUUUUUUUUUUUUUACCACAUGGAAAAUUAGAUGUACAUGUAUAAUUCAGUGUACUUUGUCUUUAUCCAGACUCAUAUCAGUUACACUACAGAUGUUUGCAAAUUAAACUAAUAUUUACUUCAUUA